AUGUGGGAUCUGAUAGAAUAUUUAAAACAACCUUCAUUGGUUGCUGUCAUACAAAAUCAUUUUGGUAUUAAAGACAUAAUAAAAAGUGAAAAAUCAAAUUUGGAAAUUUUAAAAAAUAAUUCUACAAAUAAUACUAGUAGUAGUAUUAGGGAAAAAAAAUGGGAUUUAAAUAAGCCAAAUAAUAAUGAUGAUUAUAUAAUUCAAAAUAAAUUUUGGUAUUAUUUGUUUUUAAUUGGUACUAAUUUAGGCGAUGAAAUUUUUUAUGCAUCAUUUAUACCAUUUUGGUUUUGGAAUAUCGAUGGAGCUGUCGGAAGAAGAGUUGUAUCUGUGUGGACCAUUGUUAUGUACAUAGGACAAGGAACAAAAGAUAUAGUCAAAUGGCCUAGGCCAAGUUAUCCAGCUAAAAGAAUACAAAAAAAAUGGGCAGAAGAAUAUGGAAUGCCUUCUACUCAUGCCAUGAUUGCCGUUUCCAUACCAUUUUCUGUUUUAAUAUUCACCAUGAAUAGAUAUAUUUAUUCAUUUACAUUUGGAAUAUUAUUUUCAAUAACAUGGUGUGUCAUUAUUUGUAUAAGUAGAGUUUAUUUUGGAAUGCAUACAGUAUUGAAAAUCAAUUUUGAAUUAGUGUCGAUAAUAAGAGAAAUUUAUAUGUAUUAUAUUGAUUAUUAUUGGUUAACAUCUUUUUAUUCUCCUUUCGUACUUUUAUUAACCUCAGCUUCUGCCACAUAUUUUUUUCCUAAUUCAGGACAUUGGACUCCAACUAGAGGAGAUACAACAAUGGUGACAAGUGUAUGGGCCGGAAUCCACAUCGGAGCUUGGACGAAUUUCUAUGUUGGAAAUUUAACACCUUAUCCACAUCCACCUCCUUAUGAAAUAAUUUGGCCAAAUAUCUACAUGCUAGGUUUGGGAUUGUUGAGAACAAUUCUCGGAUUUACUCUGGUUUUAGCAACUAGAAAUAUUACAAAAUCAUUUGUAGUUAAUGUUUUAAGUGCCUUUGCAAAAAAUGUAACCUUGAAAAAUUAUAAAAAGAAAACCAAGGAGGUAUUCAUCGAAUUGACAACCAUUUAUGCCACUUAUUUUUUAGUCGGUCUUAACACUGUUUAUUCGAUACCAUUAAUUUUUAGGUAUUUGGGUAUAGAAAGACCGACUUUUUAUACAGAAAUUUAA